AAAUGCAAUCAUGGCGCACGGGUUACUGUGUUUUUAGAAUGCUGACAAGUUUUUACGUAAACACUUCAUUAUUUUACAUAGAAACUGAUUUUUGUGUUUAUAUAAAUUACCAGUGAGUCUUGAAGACUAUAGCAAAGCAUACAUGUGUGUUCCAAACUUGGAGUUUCCACCUGUUCGCAUUCACGUCUCUGUGCCAUUGGACACUUGCAGAUAACUUGUUGGUGUAAUAAUGUCAGAGGCGUACGCCCGCGAGAUACUUCGAAGGAAUGUUGCGCAAAUAUGCCAAACUAUAGGAUGGAACGGGAUAAACUCUACUCCGCUGGACAUACUGGUUCAUGUGUUAGAGAAGUACAUUCAAUCACUUGGCACGCAAGCUAGCCGAUACGCUGAACAAUUUAAUAGGACUGAACCAAAUUUACAUGACUUAGGAUUAGUAUUUCGUGAUUUACACGUGCAAUUGCCAGAGUUAGCAGAGUAUACGCGCUGUGUGCCCUCUGUAGCACCACCUGUCAAUGUUGAAAGGUUUCCAAAACCCAAGGAAUCAAAUUUAAAUUUCCUCAAACCUGGCAGCCAUGAGGUUGUUACAAGACCUAUGCAUGUCCAUGAACAUUUGCCUCCUAUGUACCCAGAAAAGGAACGGGACACGCCAGUUGUUGCAGGGACUAUUGAAAUACAUCAAAAUGGCAUUGAUAAUAAUGGAACAAAUCCAACAUGCACGAGUCCAGAGAUAUCAGUUACAGAUAGUCCAGAAAAACCUAAAGACAUAUUUAAGAGGCCGAUCGAUCCUGUGUCAUUACCAAACAAUAAAAGGCCAAGGUUUCGAUUGGAAGAGGAGGAGAGGACUAGAGAAAUUAGCAGUGUGAUGAUGACAAUGUCAGGUUUCCUUUCACCAGCUCGGGAAGGAAAACUACCAGAAGCCCGGCCACCUACAAUUGUAUCUGAGAAACAUUAUGAUAAGCAUAAACCAAAUUCUCAUCAGUCUAAUCCUAUGAAAGUACCAAUAGUAGACAAAAGUGAUAAGAAAUCUAAAAAGAAUAAGUUAUUGAAUGGUAAAAUAAUGAAAAGUAAAAGGAAAGAUAAAAGUCAUAAAAGUGAUAGUAGUAAAUCAAAAGAUAGUAAAUUGAAUAAGUAUCCACCAGGACAUCCUAUGAAAAGCAAGGAAGUUCAUCCAACACUUCAUAAUCAUGUUGCAAUGCUAGCGCCGAGGCCGUUGGUACCACCUGCAGUGCCACCAAGUGUCAUGCCACCUCCACCAACACCUGUAGCCCCUGAACUUAUUAGACCAGUUAUAAAGCAAGAACCUAUAGAUCCACCAUCGGUCGUACCCAGAAGCUAUCUCCCUGGAGAAGAAGCAAUUCCUGUACCAAGGAAAAUACCAAUAUCAAAAUCACCACUUGUAUCUAAUUCUAUACCUGUAAAUAAACAAACAAAUUCUUUCAUACCUGACUUAGAAAUCAAAAAAGAAGUAUAUGAAGAAGAAAAGUUAGCUUCUCAACCAGAUAGAUCAAAGAUUAAUAUAUUUAAAAGAAUAUCGAACAAAUCUAAAGAGGAUAAGACUACUCCAGAGGUUGUUGCAGAAAAAUCACAGUCUGAUUCCAUGAUCUCAAGGUUACAGAAUUCUGUACAUGAAAAUGCAGUUAGCAAUAGUAGAUCACAUGAAAAUAUUAGAAUAAAACCUGAAGAUCCAAUUGUUAAUAAUAAUGAUAAUAGUGCUGUAAAUUUGUCUGUAGUUGACAUAAGAAGUAAUGAAGUUAUAAGUAUUGAUGACGAUUCUAUGGAUUUUCCCACACCAUUAACACAAAGUAGACCACCUCAACAUGAACUUUGUCCCAGUUUAUCCAUUAACAAAUCUUUACAAGCACCAUUUUCUAAAAAUCUAACAGGUCCAAAAGUAAAAAAAGAAAAGAAACAUAAAGAGAAGAAAGAUAAAGUAGCAAAAUUGGAAGCAAAAUUAUUGAAAAAGCAACAACAGCAAAUCUUGGAACAAAUGGAUAAACAAGUUUUGAAAAUGAGUCACCCAAAGCCACCAAAAUCGAGAGCGAAAGGUGAUUCAAAAAUGCCGCUGCCUCCCGGGUUUCCAUAUUUUCCCAACAUACCGGGAAGAGGGUUAAUGCCAGGUCCAGGUUUAAUACCGAAUCCUGGCUUAAUCCCCGGAACAGAUUUCCUUGCUGGCCUAGCGAACAAUCCUGCUCUACGAGGACUAGGACCAUCGAAUCUACUCUCAAAUCCAUUCGCAGGUUUAGGAGUCGGCGGGCCGGGUAUAAUUCCGGGAGCUGGCUUCUUGCCUUCCAGUCUAGGUACAGGUUUACCUAAUCCGCUCAUGUCAAUGGGCAACUUCCCUCACUCGUCGAGAUCGCCAUCGAUGAAAAUACCGUCGAUGCUCCGUCGCCCUAGCUUAGAGGUGAUACCGGUCGAUAACGACGAUGACAGAGGGUUGAACAAGACGCCUCUCGCAGCACGCGAGAAAGACAGGCACGACAAGCACAAAUCUCCAACCAUUCCAAACAUUUUACAGAAACAUAAAUCCAAGUCCCACAAGGACCACAAGUCGAGUUUAUUCAAAAUGCCACCUGUACAGCCAGAUAUCACGAUAGAACUAAAUCCUCCAAAAGUCGAGCCGGCCAGGCACGAGCCGCCGAGGGAGCCCCCGCGGGCCCGCUCGCCGCCGCCCGAGCCCGCCGCGCCGCCCGCCGCCCCCGCCACCGCCGCCACCGCCGCCAUCCCCGCCGCACCAGUCGCCCCUGCUCUACUGCCUGAACCCGAACCGGCCUCUCGACCCGCCAAGGAACCUCUCCCUGAAGUAUCCCACGAAAGGGAAACGGAGAACACAGAAAAGAAAAAGGACAAAUCCCACAAGAAGGAGAAGAAGGACAAGGACGGCACGAAGAUAAAAAAGAAGAAGGACAAGAAGGAUAAAAACAAGGACAAGGGGGAAAAGAGAAAGGACAAGGAGGAGAAGCACGAGCUAAAGGACAAAAUCAAGAAGGAGAAAAAGGAGAAGAAGAGAGAGAAGCCGGCCGACGGGCUCGUGCCGAAGCUCACGCUGAAGCUGAGCUCGUCGCGCUCCAACUCGAACUCGCCGCUGCCGCCGCCGGCGCCGCUGCCGCCGCCGACGAGCCCGGCGCGGCGCGGCGCGUCGCCCGAGCUGGCGCAGAUCGCGGCGCUGGUGACGCGGCCGCCGCGCCGCGCCGCGUCGCCGCCGCCCGCCGCCGCGUCGCCGCCGCGCCUCGCGCCCGCCGCCAAGUACAAGCGCAUCCUCUUCAAGCCGCUCUCCAAGAAGGGCGCCGUCGAGCACUUCGACGACGACCUCGGCUCGCUGUCCGACGACGGCGCGCCGCCGCCGCCGCCGGCCGCCGCCGCGCCGCCCGGCCAGCUGCCGACGCCGUACUACGUGGACGAGCACGGGACCAAGAUCUGGGUGUGCCCGGCGUGCGGGCGACCCGACAACGGCUCGCCGAUGAUCGGCUGCGACGGCUGCGACGGCUGGUACCACUGGGUGUGCGUGGGCAUCACGGAGGAGCCGGGCGCCAGCGAGGACUGGUUCUGCUCGGCGUGCGUGGCCAAGCGCGCCGCGCUGCUGCUGGCCGGCGUGCCGGCGGCGCGGCGCCGCGGCCGCAAGCCCAAGGCCGACAAGGGCGCGGCCAGAGACUGUCAUUGAUACGGACCUUUCGUUGUUGCUGAGAUUCGUUUUUAUGUUCCCGCUCGCCGAGUCGGGCGGGCGGCGUGAGAGUUGUUAAUGGAUUAAUUGUUGAAUGAUAUCAUGAGAAAAUGUUUCAUCAUUUAUAAUGUUAUAUCGUAGGCUAGGCUUAAGUAUAGAUAAUAAUUAAAUAUUGACAUAAAAUGUUGAACAUAAAUAUAGUGUAGGUACUUGUAAUAAUUACCAUAAUUUUAGAUAUUUUUUUGUUAUGAUUCGUCUUAAUUCGUUGGCGCGGUUCGAUCAAGUUGCGAGCGUGUUAUACACAACUCGCGUGCAUAGAUGAUAAUAUUAUAAGAUUCUUUUUAUAUUGUACAAAAACUGAAUUUACUUAAGAUAUUUGGUGAUGUAAAAAGUUAAUUGUAGUGAAUAUUUAAAUAAACAGAAAGAACGGCUGGAUAUAUUUUCAGCUGAUAUUUGAAUAUUUUCAUAUUAUAAUUUUAAUAUAACCCUGUUUUUCUUUUUUUUGUUGAGGUUGUUCCUUCAUUUUAUGUACAGGGUUGGCACAACCCCUCACCUUGCAUGUCCGUAUAUAUAUAUAAAAUUGCAUAUAUCAUAUCGAGCUAUUGCGAUACAAAGUCUAUCCAUCGACUAAAACUUGACGGGGAUGUGUGCACCCUAGAUCUAGAACAUCGAUGCGUGGAUGGAGGCAAUGUAAAUUUUUAAUUUCAGCCAGUGGCCAAUUAAAUAUAUUGGUACUCGAAA